CCCAGAGUGGUUUGGAUGUGGAGACGGUGUCCUGGCGUGGGUGUGCAUGGGGUGGGGGCCAGAGCGUGCCAGAGGCUAGGAGCUCCUGAUGGGGCAGGGGUCUUACCCUGUUGGGCUGUGGUUCCCGCUCACCCCCAAGGCUGGGCCCCCGGUGCCCAGACUAGCUGGCUCCCACUUCCUCUCCCUCUCACCCACGGACUCACAAAGAUUUCUCUCGCUGAAGGCUCCCAGCCUGGCCCAGCCCGUAGGGGACGGUUCCGAGCGUUCCCGGUGGUGGGGACUCCGCGCACCCCCGAGAGCAGGGUCCCGCCGGGGGAGGGCGGCGGCGCCGGCCCGCGGAGAGGCGCGUCCCCGGGGACCCCGGGCCGCGCGCCAGGCGGCCAGAGCGUCCCCCCUCCCGCCCCGCCUUUCUCCCGGGGCUCAUCCCUCCUUCGGGAGGGGGGCCCGCUCAAGGCCCGCACCCAGCGCGCCUACCGCGUGCGCCCCCGCCCGGGAGCGGUGCCCCGCGGUCACCGCGGCUCCGAGCCCGCGGACGCUGUCGCGUGCGCCCGCCAAGUCCCUGUAUGCAGAGGGCCCCAGGCCGCGGCCCCCCAAUCUCUGGGGUCCGGACCGAGCGUCCUUGGCCCGGCGGCCCAGGAGGACCUGAAGCAGGCAGACUCCUCCAAGUCCCAGAAGGAGUAUGACAGGGCAGUCUUCAUCAGUGCUUGUGAGCGAGGCUGCCGCCUCUUCUCCAUCUGUCGGUUUGUGGCCAGGAGCUCGAAACCCAAUGCCACACAGGCUGAGUGUGAAGCAGCCUGCGUGGAGGCCUACAUGAAGGAGACAGAGCAGCAGGCCUGCAGCGAGGGCUGCUGGAGCCAGAAUCCUGAGCCGGAGCACGAGCCAGAGUCUGAGCAGAAGAGAAAGGUCCUGGAAGCUCCAAGUGGGGCUCUCUCGCUUCUGGACUUGUUUUCUACCCUCUGCAAUGACCUUGUCAACUCGGCCCAGGGCUUCGUCUCCUCCACCUGGACAUACUACCUGCAGACUGACAAUGGGAAGGUGGUGGUGUUCCAGACCCAGCCUGUGGUAGAAAGCCUGGGGCACGAGGGGGCCCGUCUGCAGCGAGUGGAGGUGAUUUGGCGGGGAUCUCAUCCUGAGGCCUUGGAGGUGCACGUGGACCCUCUAGGCCCCUUGGACAAGGUGAGGAAGGCCAAGAUCCGAGUCAAGACCAGCAGCAAGGCCAAGGUGGAGUCUGAUGAGCUGCAGGACAACGACUUCCUCAGUUGCAUGUCCCGGCGCUCGGGGCUUCCUCGCUGGAUCCUGGCCUGCUGCCUCUUCCUCUCUGUGCUGGUGAUGCUGUGGCUGAGCUGCUCCACCUUGGUGACUGCGCCUGGCCAGCACCUCAAGUUCCAGCCCCUGACCCUGGAGCAACACAAGGGCUUCAUGGUAGAGCCAGACUGGCCGCUGUACCCUCCCCCGUCCCACGCCUUUGGGGACAGCCCCCCACCCUACAAGCUGAAGCUGGACCUGACUAAGCUGUAGGCCUGUCUCCACCCGAGCACUGCCAAGCGCAAGGGCUCCUCUAUCCUCAAUGCCCUGUGCCCAGGGGUCCAGGCCAGGGCGGGACCAUCUUUGGGCUCCUGCAUCCCCAAAUCCUCUCUCUCUCGUCCCAUCCCUCACUCCUCUGGAUCCUGGGGUCACCAUGCCCCCAUGGGAGGGGAUGGGAUCUGGCCUUGGGCCCCCCUUUCCCUGGAGCGUGCUACUUUUUGUCUUCUAUCGUGUAGCUUCUUGAGUAUUUGAACCCCAGUUCUGUGCCGCUUUUCUCCUUCCUCUUCACUUUCCUCUGGGAGUGGGCUGAGGCUGCAGGGGAGCAGCCUUGUGCUAAGCCUCUCUUUUUCCCUACCCCACCUCUAGAGAUCCAGCCCCAUGGGAGGAGGCCCCUGCAGGAAGAGGCAGUGGGCAGCUCCAUGCUGUGGGGAUAGAGGUAGGCAGCUGAGGCUGGAAUUGCAGCAUGGGGGUUGGGAGGAAUAAACCAUGUACAUAAAAUAUGUCUUGGACCAA